GCUUGGACUCCGGGGUAAAACAUCACAAUGGCACCAUGUCGGACACCCCAGACUCGCCUCGUGGCACGCAGGAUUACAACUAGAUUAUAUCACAGUCCAGUUGGUAUUCUAGGCAUCUUCUUGUUUUGCUUGGAUGCCACUCUUGUAAUACGAGGUAUAUUUGGAGAGAGAGUUUGCCAAUGUCCGCUUGGGUCUUAUUCGUACGCGAGGGGUACAUUCUUCUCGUUUGUAUAGGUCGUCUCUGCCCGUAGCAGGAUUCGUUUAUCAGUUCACGUUAAUAUCAAUAUCCUUGGCUUGCCGAAUGCGGCCCCGCAACUCGUGUCUAUGAUGGACUAAGGAUCUUUGGAUGCGGCACUCGUUGCCGGGUAUGAAGACAUGGUAGAUAUAAAAGAUCCUUCGGGGUGAGCGUCUCCUCAAUCCAUCUCCCUAUCUCCAGAUUCCAGCACUUAAUUGCCAUUAUCGAAGAUAUCUUGAUUCAAACAUGUCAAACCCAGAAAAGCCCCCUCUUCCAGAUGCAAACGACAAACCUCAAACCCUCCACCGAGAGUAUACCUUGGGUCACGAUGGAGUCAAGUCUCCGCCUAAGCAAAGCGAUUACUCUGGCGCACGGAAGAAAACAGACCCUGUAGAGAUUCGCCUUGUCCACAAACUGGACACCUGGAUCAUGCCCACGUUAUGGCUGAUGUACUGGCUCAACUACCUCGACCGGAAUGCCAUUGCCUUGGCGCGAUUGAAUGACCUCGAGGAGGACCUGGGCUUGUCGUCGUCGGAGUACCAAACCUGUGUCUCAAUUUUGUUCGUAGGAUAUCUGUUAGGACAAGUUCCGAGCAAUAUGUUGAUUACCAGGGUGAAACCAUCGUGGUAUAUGUCCGGGUGCAUGGCCUUGUGGGCUGUUGUCAGUGCUAUCACGGCUCUGGCGAAGGACUUCAAGGGUCUGCUACUGGUCCGGUUCUUUCUCGGUGUUACUGAGGCACCAUACUACCCAGGAGCCCUCUACAUGCUAUCCAUCUUCUAUACUCGCAAAGAAAUCGCAACCCGGAUCUCCAUCCUCUACACAGGCAACAUCCUCGCAACUGCCUUCGCCGGCCUCAUCGCAGCAGGCAUCUUCCACGGCAUGGACGACCUAGCCGGCGUCACUGGCUGGCAAUGGCUCUUCAUCCUCCAAGGCGCAGUAACCUUCCUCAUCGCCGUCCUCUCGAUCUUCACACUCCCCGACGACCCCCUUGUCACCCGCUGGCUCACCCCAGAAGAAAGAACCCUCGCCCAUGAACGCAUCGUCGCCGAUACCGUCGGCGCCCGCCUGCAAACGAGCACCUUCAGUGGCCUAAAGGAGGCCGCCAGCGAUCCCAAACUCUGGCUCUUCGCCUUCAUGCAACACAUGCAUCUUGCAGCAAACGGAUUCAAGAACUUCUUCCCCACGGCCGUAGAGACAUUGGGGUUCUCGACAACGAUUACGCUUGUGCUGACUUGUCCGCCGUAUCUGAUUGCUGGGUUGAUUUCUGUUGCCUGGUCGUGGAGCUCGGGUAGGUUCAACGAGAGGACAUGGCAUAUUACCGUGGCAAAGGCGAUCGCGAUCUUUGGAUUUGUGUUGGGCUGUGCGACGUUGAAUACUGGGGCGAGGUAUUUUGCUAUGGUUGUUUUUGCUAUUGGCACUUACGCCGUUAAUAGUAUCGUGCUUGGGUGGGUGAGUAGUACGUGCGGGCAGACGAAGGAGAAGAAGGCUUCUUCGUUGGCAAUAGUGAAUACAAUUGCUAAUGCGUCAUUUGUCUGGACUCCGUAUCUCUGGCCCUCUUCGCAUGAACCGAGGUAUACGAUGGCGAUGACCUCGAGUGCUGCCUUCUCGCUUGCCUGUGCGGCCAGUGCAUGGGCGAUGAAAAUUUGGCUGAUUCGGGCGAAUAGGAGGAUUCGCCAGAGUAAUGAUGAGUCGAUGUUAUACUAUGCUUAUUAGGUGGUGGGCUAGCAAGAUUUUGAUCAUGAAUUCAACUUCAAAUAGCUAUCC